AAGAAAAAAGUAGGUCAUGACCUGAUUUCUGCCAUUUUUAUUCAAAGUGGAGUCUUUACCCAGCAAUGCUUGGUAUGGAUUGGUAUAAAAAGUGGUUAUGGAUUCGAAGUGAAUCUCUUCUUCCAACAACCAACUCAACAAAGGAUUCAGAGAAAACUUCGUAUGCUGAUCUUACCAAAUAUUUCAACACUUCAAACCUGGUACAAAGGCUUUGGAGAAAAAGAGAGAGUUUCGAUGGAGAAAAUGAUGCCAAUAAUAAUCAGACUUUGCCCAUAAACGCAACACCCCCUUCUACACCUGUUGGCAGCAAGAGUCUAAUGACUGUGUCUUACCCUGCUUAUUUAAACUCGGGAUGUUCAAACUCUCAAAUGAAUUCAUAUCCUUUCAAUGACAAUCGCAGAUCAUCUCUGCUUGAAGGAUUGGAACACACACUUCAUGUUAUGUCCAAUGACCAAAAGCGGACACAGUUAACUCUUCCAAAAUCCAACAUCAACUAUAUGAGUAAACUUAGAAACGAGCCGGAACUGUCACAAUUACCAGUUCCAAUACCACGCUUGCAUAAGUUUAGACUAAAAGGUCCUCUGUAUGGUUACCUUGAGGAAGAAAGACUGCCAUUGAUAGAGAAAAAAUCAGAUUCUACGAAGUUUUCAAUCUUUGUUCUGGUUGUAAUAUUCAUCUCAGCUUCUGCACUCAUAUACUCCGUUUACAAUAAUUUUCCUGAACUCGAAGUAGAUGAGAAAGCCAAAGUAAAGUUGCCGAGAGAUAUGGAGGAUGCCAAGGAACUUGGGAGGGUCUUAUCGAAAUAUAAGGACAUGUACUACUAUGAAGUUACCUCAGCAUUUUUUAUUACUUACAUAUUUCUUCAAACUUUCGCAAUCCCAGGCUCAGUGUUUCUCAGUAUUUUAUCUGGAUUUCUUUACCCCUUCUACAUUGCACUGUUCCUUGUUUGUUUGUGUUCAGGCAUUGGUGCGACUGGUUGUUACAUGAUUUCUUUCUUUAUCGGGAAGCCAAUUGUUGACAAAUAUCUGUCAGCGCGAGUCCAAAAGUGGAACGAAGUGGUUGAUGGGCAGAGGGAACACCUUUUUAAUUACUUGUUGUUUUUACGAAUUACACCGUUUCUGCCCAACUGGUUCAUCAACAUUGUAUCGCCGGUUAUUCACAUUCCAGUUUCAAUAUUCUUCUUCGCUACUUUCAUUGGGGUUGCUCCACUAUCUUUCAUUGCCAUACAAGCUGGAACAACUUUAUAUCAACUUACAACUGCUGGUGAUGCAUUCUCAUGGACAGGAAUCCUGAUUAUGGCAGUACUUGCUGUGUUGUCUUUGCUGCCAGUUGUGUUUAAAAAUCGCUUAAAAAAUAAAUAUGAGUGAUUUCUUUUGGUAAUUUUUGUGCAGUUGUGUGUGUACUUGGUUGUGCAAUAGUAUUUGUGGUUGAUGUACUGAAAACAAAAAAUGUUAAACUUUAACAUUCAUUUUUUUGUGUUAAAGAUUACUGCUAAACAAAUUGUAUACAGUUGUGUUAUAAAUUACUGCUGUGUAGUGAUAGAACGUUAUUAUUAUAUGGUAAAGGAUUUUAUUUUGUGGAGACACAGCUGUUUUAUACGUACCAUAUUGGUGCUGAUAGCACCGAUUGGCAAGAAUGCAAGCACACAUUAUUUAAUUUUUAAUAAAUGACACUUUAGAGUUGUUUUAA